AGGAUAAUCCAAAUCCUGUUCCUUUGCAAAAUGUUUCUGUUGAGGCGAACAUUGUUGAUAUGAUAGCAGAAACAACGGUUUGCCAGACAUAUAAAAAUGUUGAAAAGGAUACUAUUGAAGCCAUUUACAAAUUCCCGCUUUAUGAAGCAGCUGCAGUAUGUGGGUUUGAAGCUGAAAUUGAUGGAAAGAAAAAAGUUAAAGGAAUAGUUAAAGAAGCAAAACAGGCAGCGAAAGAAUAUAAUGAGGCUAUUGAGCAAGGUCAUGGGGCUUAUCUCGUUGAAGAAGAACACCCAGAUAUUUUCCAAUGCUCCGUUGGCAAUAUCACACCUGAUCAAACGAUUGUUAUUAGAAUUACAUAUGUAACCGAACUAAAACAUGAUGCUGAAUCUGAAAAA